AUGGCCCGAUCGUCCACUAAGUACAAGCCAGCAAGAGGCGUGUGGUGCUUUAGUGAACUGUUUUUUAUAAGAGAACCACAGGAUGUAACUGUCACAAGGAAGGACCCAGUCUUUUUAGAUUGCCAGGCCCAUGGAGAAGUUCCUAUUAAGGUCACGUGGUUGAAAAAUGGAGCAAAAGUGUCUGAAAAUAAACGUUUCCAGGUUCUUUCCAAUGGCUCUUUGUACAUCAGCGAAGUGGAAGGCAAGCGGGGAGCCCAUUCUGAUGAGGGAUUUUACCAGUGUUUGGCAGUGAACAAAUACGGAGCCAUCCUGAGUCAAAAGGCGCAUCUCACCUUAUCAACCAUUUCUGCAUUUGAAAUUCAGCCGAUUUCCACGGAGGUCCAGGAAGGGGGAGUUGCGAGGUUUGCAUGCAAGAUUUCAUCAAAUCCUCCUGCAGUGGUGACGUGGGAGUUUAACCGGACGACUCUGCCUAUGAUGACGGACAGGAUGGCCGCCUUGCCCUCAGGAGUGCUGCAGAUCUACAACGUGGGCCCGGGAGACAGGGGCAGCUACUGCUGUGUAGCUGCCACUGUGGCCCACAGGCGCAGGAGUGCAGAGGCUGUGCUCACCGUCACCCCAGCUAAGGAGUCCAAACCCUUCCACACUCCAACCAUCAUAGCCGGGCCCCAGAAUGUCACCGCCUCUCUCCACCAGACGAUAGUUUUGGAGUGCAUGGCCACUGGGAAUCCCAAGCCGAUCAUUUCUUGGAGCCGUCUUGAUCACAAGUCCAUCGAUGUUUUUAAUACUCGAGUGCUUGGAAAUGGCAAUCUCCUGAUAUCUGACGUCAGGUUGCACCAUGCUGGGGUGUACGUGUGUAGGGCCACCACCCCAGGCACCCGCAACUUCACAGUUGCCAUGGCAACCGUAACUGUCCUAGCUCCUCCUUCCUUUAUCGAAUGGCCAGAAAGUUUAACAAGGCCUCGAGCCGGCACUGCUCGGUUCGUGUGCCAGGCUGAGGGGAUCCCUGCACCCAAGAUGUCCUGGCUGAAAAAUGGACGGAAGAUGCACUCAAACGGCAGAAUUAAGAUGUACAGCAGUAAACUGGUAAUUAAUCAGAUUAUUCCCGAAGAUGAUGCCAUUUACCAGUGCAUGGCCGAGAACACCCUGGGGUCUGUCCUGUCUCGAGCCCGGCUGACGGUGGUCAUGUCAGAGGACAGGCCCAGCGCCCCCUGCAAUGUGCACGCAGAGACAGUGUCCAGCUCAGCCAUUCUGCUGGCGUGGGAGAGGCCCCUCUACAAUGCAGACAAGGUCAUCGCUUACUCAGUGCACUACAUGAAAGCAGAAGGUCUGAAUAAUGAGGAGUAUCAAGUAGUCCUUGGGAACGACACGACUCAUUACGUGAUCAGUGACUUGGAGUCGGCCAGCAACUACACGUUCUACAUCGUAGCCUACAUGCCGCUGGGGGCCAGCCAGAUGUCGGAGCACGUGACCCAGAGCACCCUGGAAGACGUUCCGCUGAGGCCGCCGGAGAUAAGCCUGACGAGCCGCAGCCCCACUGACAUCCUCAUCUCCUGGCUGCCCAUCCCAGCCAAGUAUCGCCGGGGCCGCGUGGUACUGUACCGCGUGUCCGUGCGCCUGAGCACUGACAGCACCGUCCAGGUCCUGGAGCUCCCGGGCACUUCGCACGAGUACCUACUGCAGGGCCUGCGGCCAGACAGCAUCUACCUGGUGCGCGUCACCGCGGCCACCCGGGUGGGGCUGGGAGAGGCGUCAGUGUGGACCUCGCACAAAACACCCAAGGCCACCAGCAUGCAAGCCCCCAGGUCUCCGGAGCUGCACCUGGAGCCUCUGAACUGCACCACCAUCUCUGUGAGGUGGCAGCGUGACACCGAGGACCCUGCGGCCGUCCAGGGCUACAAGCUGUUCUACAGGGAGGAAGGACAGCAGGAGCGUGGGCCCAUCGUCCUGGCCCCCGGCGAGCUGCUGCACACACUCAGCGGCCUGGACCCCAGAAGAAAAUACCAUGUGAGGCUGCUGGCUUACAGUAACAUCGAAGACGGCUACCAGGCUGACCAGACAGUCAGCACGCCAGGAUGUGUGUCCGUGCGUGAUCGCAUGGUCCCUCCACCGCCGCCGCCCCACCAUCUCUAUGCGAACGCCAACAGCUCCUCUUCCAUCUUCCUGCAUUGGAGGAGGCCCGCGUUCACAGCCGCACAGACCAUCAACUACACGGUCCGCUGCAACCCCGUGGGCCUGCAGAAUGCCUCGCUGGUGCUGUACCUGCAGACAUCGGAAACUCACAUGCUGGUCCAGGGUCUGGAGCCGAGCACCCGGUAUGAGUUUGCUGUCCGGCUGCACGUGGGCCAGCUGUCCAGCCCCUGGAGCCCCGUGGUCCACCACACCACACUUGCGGAAGCGCCAGCAGGCCCCCCGGUGGGACUGAAAGUGACGCUGAUCGAGGACGACACUGCCCUGGUUUCUUGGAAACCCCCCGGUGGCCCCGAGACAGUCGUCACGCGCUACACGAUCCUGUAUGCACCCAGGAAGGCCUGGAUUGCGGGCGAGUGGCAGGUCCUUCACCGAGAAGGGGCGAUCACCAUGGCUUUGCUAGAAAACCUGGUGGUGGGAGAUGUGUACAUCGUCAAGGUCUCUGCGUCCAACGAGGUGGGAGAAGGGCCCUUUUCCGACUCUGUGGAGCUGGCGGUGCUUCCAAAGGACCCUUCUGGGUCGAAUCAGAGGCCCAAGCGUUUGGAUUCUGCUGAUGCCAGAGUGCCCUCGGGAUAUUACCGUCUGGACCAGAAGUCGAUGACGGGCAUCACGGUGGGUGUGGGCAUCGCCUUGACCUGCAUCCUGGUCUGUGUGCUCAUCCUGAUUUGCCGGAGCAAGGUCAGGAAAUCAUCUGCCUCCAAGACGGCGCAGAACGGAAGUCAGCAGCUGCCCCACGCUGGUGCCUCCACGGCUCCUGUGAAUGAGGCGGGGAAGAAGCUGGACAGAGCUGUUGAAAACCGGGAGUCCUCGACGCCAGGGAUGGUUCCUCGCAGCUUCAUCGAUGCCAAGGGAGGAUCUGACCUGAUCAUUAAUAGCUAUGGUCCUGUAAUUAAAAACAACUCUAAGAAGAAAUGGUUAUUUUUCCAAGACUCUAAGAGAACGAGAGCUGAGCAGCCUCAGAGAAGGUUUCCUCCAGCCUCGUGCUUCUACCAGCCAGGCACCGCGGUGCUGGUCGGCAGCCAGGACUCACCCGGCUCCCCGGGCCCAGCCACCAGCUUCCCCAGGCCCCUGGGUGCAGCUGUGGACGCGGAGCCCUCGACACAGAGCGAGGGCAGCCAGGACACGGGCGACUCGGGGCGGUUCUCCCACGAGUCCAGCGCUGAGCUGCGCCUGUCGGCCUCCCUGAGCGGCUCACCCCCCAGCUCAGGCUCCCUGGUGGGCAGGGAGGCAGCGGGCGAGCGCGCUCUGGGUCAAGGCAAGGGCCCUGUGGUCCAGGCCAGGCCAUGACCACAGCGCAGCCUGCACGGACAGUGAGCAGCCCCCAAGCCUUCCAUGAAAAUCCUGGUGUCCUAUCGGGUGCCUCAACCGUUUUUGAAUGUGUUUUUUUUUUUUUUUCCUUAAACUCACUGUUUUGAAUGUUUCAUUGUCAGCAAUGUGAAGGGACAGUCAAGAUAUUUGACUGUGUUACAAAAUGCAUCACUGGAGCAGAGGGAGACUCUGGAAAGGCCCUUUGCUGAAUAUCUACCUCAGUCUGCCAGGCGGCAAACUCUGAAGAGAGCUUCCUUACCUCCUGUAGCGUAGUGUGUCUCGGCGACACAGCCAGUGAUACUUCCUGUAGCGUUUGUUUUCAUUGCUGCGUGGUGUGGUGUGUGUGAGCGAGGGAGUCCCAUAGGGAGAUGAGCGAGAACGUUUACCUGAAGCUCUGUUUCUUUGUAAACUGAUGCCACCGUCAUUUGGAUAAUUUAACACCUCUGGCUGUGAGGACCAUCAAGGAACGCGGGACUGUUGAUUUUAGUGAGCAACCGGGACGAGUGUAUCUCUCCGGAGAGCGGAGACACGUAGUGGUGCUGCACAGUUAAGGCUUGAGGCUUGGCCGGUACCUUCCGCCUCCACCGACCUGGUCCUCAGCUCCUCCACUGUUGGUUGCCAAACCCAUACAGAGAAUGUUUUUUUAAAGAAAAUGGUUAGGAUUUCCUGUUUUCUUUAUCCCGGUUUGGCUGAGAGGGGUGAAGAAAUUUAAUGCAAUAAUAUUAAGAAUGAAGAUAAAUGCAAUAGUAGACAGUAAAAUGGACUUGAGGUUAUCGUGGUUAACAGUGCCUUCCAGUAUGUAUUAUGAAACUUUUGCCUUAGACCUGUUUAAUGUUCCUGGAGUAGUUUGGAACGGGAUUAUAAAAAGCUGCCUUAAGAGUUAUCAGUAACUAUUUUUAAGUAUCUUAUCUUACCAAGGCUUUUCUUUUUAAAUGCAGGUUUUGUUGAGGGGCAUUCAGAACUGUUCCACCCGCUUGUUAAAUUUUCUUAAAUUCUUGAAAGCGUUUGGUCCUCUAUGUGAUCAGUGCUGUGAAGAAAGAGCGCUGGCUCCAGCAGUGAGUUUACCCUCUUGCUCUUUUCAGGUCAGCAAAUUAUUCUCAGAGCCACACAGUGUGGGCCUCUCUCAGUCAUGAGACAGUUCCCGGGGUGUGGAGCCCUGGGCGGGGAUGGGGAAUUGAACACAUGACACAGGAGGCCCAGCCUCCAAAAAGUACUCUUUCAGAUUUUCCAGAAACGACUUUGGAGCCUCAAACCCUUCAUGGUUUCCCUUUGAGAUCUUCUGUUUAUGGAUGGGGCAGGGCCACGUCAGUGGUGUUCUAAAAUCAAAGAAUUUCGCUGGAUGAUAGUCCCGUGUCACCUGCGAACCUGAUGACUGGUGAUGUAGCAUUGAAAAUGUUUCACAGCUGUAGUUCUGUGGGAAGCUGGGUGUGUGGAGAAGCACAGCAGCACGCGGUGCGGCCCGGUGAGAGGCGUCCACCCCAUGCCGUCCCCGCAGCAGAGCGGCUUCGUGGCAAAGUGGAAAAGCAGAGCUUCAGGCCACAGUCUGGACACAUGAGCGUGCUCCUCACGUGGUGGCUCCUGUUUAUACUACCUCCUUUAACCUUGUGCUAGUGUUAUUUUUCCUGUACUCAGGGAGCGUUUUGUUACUUUUGAGCUGCCUCGUGGAAGCGAGGGCAGAUUGACAGGGUAUGGCGUAUGGGGUUCGAAAGUAGAAAUAUGUGGGUUCAGCUUUAUCAGUAUCCAGAAUUGGGCAGUACAAAGAGAUCGUUUGAUCUUUUAAACUAAAAAGACAAACAGCACCGAGAGGGGGCAUCCAUCACAGUGACGGAAGAGGUGUCGUGGUGGAUGGGUUCACAGCGUCCUCUGUGUGGGAGACAUCUGGAGAGGGAAACUGUCUGGGUACUGAUGAGGAGGCCCUUACCUAUGAUAGAUCGCUAGGCUGUAACUUUGCUAACCAUUUACCAGUACAGUUCUACCUUUUCAUUUUGUUCUUACACAGACUUUUUCAUAAUAAUCCUGUUACCAAAGAAUUUUCAGUAGAAAGUGAAAUUUUUAUCAUAAUUCCCCAAAUUGAAUUAAGUAGAAACAGCUAUAGAUAUGAAGUGUAUGCAAGUGGUUACUAACCCAAAAUAAUAGGGUAUAUAUUGGUUGUAGUGAAGUAGGCUAGUAAUGUUGACUACCUUUUCAGUACCAGAGCAUUUAAAAUGAACUGUAAUACUUUCUUUACCAGCACAUAGUUCUAAAGAAUUUCAAGUAUAUUUUUUUCUUCAGCAAGUAAAUCUUCAAUGAUACAGUAUUAAAGUAUUUUUAAAUUGUUGAAACUACUUGUUGGAGAGAAAAAAAAUCCUUUUACCAAAACUGUUUUGGUCUCACUGAAUAAUGUACAGCAAAGAUUUUUUUUUUUUUAACUUGGACACAGCAAGCUUCUUUGAAGUCUGAAGCAUGAAACUGUGACCAAAAUGUGAAGUCCAUCACUUCUCAGUGCGACUUCACAGCAUUUCAACUCCAUAGGGGCAUAUAUGCAAGCGGUAACUGUUGUUCUUUCCAAAGAUUUAUGCGCUGUAAGUACUGAUACAUGCAUGUCAUUUUUAUGCCAAAUGUUUCAAGAUACUGCUCAUCAGUAUUUUCAUACCAAAGACCAUUAAAAUAUAUAGUUUAGCCUAUAAUAAGUAAAGAUGAGCAGAUUUGAAAUAAAUUUAUUUAGAGUGGAUAGGGAAUCUAGCUUUAGUAGUAAAAGAUAUCGAAGGGCUGAGUUUACAUAAUUAAAAGCAAUACAGUUAUAUUGGUAUUUAUCAGUGUUUUUAUUCAAGUACUUUGUAUCAGCAAAUUAAAAAGAAAACCAAAGAUAUUUAAGGUUACCCCGCAUAUAGACAAGUUUAGUUGUACACUAAGUUGUUGCUUCUUGUCUCUGUGUUAACUGAACAUGUCUCUGCAGAGCCCAGCCUGUGGACAAACAGCACACGCGGGACUUUGCAUCCCACCUGCUGCUUCCGCCCAGGACGUUUGUGCCCAGGGCUGUGAUGCUUCACUAAGCACCCUCAGUGUGAGAGAAGCCAACAGAAAUAGCAACAGGCUUUUCCAGUGCGGAGUCUUGGGGUGACCCUGAGUUACCUGAACAGCCCUCUUCCUGGGUAACUCAGGGGGCUCAUGGCCCCCCUCUGUCACAGGACUUGACAGACGGGAACCAGUCACUGCUGCAGUGGGCUGUGCUCCGGUAGCUAUGCUCUCCAGCACUGCUGGAGUGAAAUCCGGGUAUGGAAUUGAAAUGUUUUCACUGUGUUAGAGGAGCCUGGUUUUAAAAACCUUGAGUGAAGGGAAAAAUAAGUUUUCUGAAAUCUGAAAUUAUGUGAGGAUUAACCUAAAAGUAAAGGCACAAACUUAGCCACUAAGCGACCUUUAAAAUUCAGCUCCUCAGUGAGUGCUGUGCCCCGGCUUUGCAGACACACACGGUGCUUGCCGGGGAACAGUGGCAGUGGUUUGCACCGCACAUCUUGGCUUGGUCGAGGAUUUCUGCCAGAAGCGUGCUCGCUCGAGGCUGACAGCUCUGGGUUAUUGUUCAGAUCCACAGAAGAUGCCUUUGAAAACAAUUCAGAAUGUGUCACAGAAAGACGGAAUUAAAAGUCUCACUUUUAAGUGUAAGGACACCGCUGCAGCCCCACUUCAGCAGCGGCUCUUGUGAUUCACGUUUAUACGUAGCAACUUCUAUUUCAUUGAAUGUAAAGUUUGAAUACUGAUUGUAAAAAAAUUCCAACUGCAUUGAAAGUCAUGAUAAUUCCAAGACUAAAACAUAGUAUUUUGCAGACUUUGUUCCUCAGAAUUUUCUUCAUGAGUCUCUGAUAAAAUUGCCUCGCUUUAAUCAUCAAAAUACUUUGCAGUCUGUGAGCACAGAGCAGCGGGCUCUGGAGACCACCAUACAAACCAGUUAUCAAAUGGAGAAUUUUCCUGAUAAUUAGGAGAGCAUAGCCAUAGAGUUCUGUGUUAAGCUGACUUUACGACCAGGACAUAAGAUCACUGGCUAAUGCACUGUGUGUGUGUGUACAGGCUUUCAGCUUCUUGUUUUCUCCUUUUAAAUGCUACAAAGUAUUUAAGAUGGCAGUCUUUCAUUUUUACCAAAAAACUAUUAUUUUUCUGUUGCUCCUGAGGCAAACUACCAUGAGUUUGGUGGCCUCAAACAACACAGCUUUAUUAUCUUGAACUCUCAAGUCAGAAGUCUGACACGGGCCUCCCUGGGAGGGACUCAAGUGUUGGUGGGGCCUUGCUUCCCUUCUUUUCCAGCUCUCAAAAGCUGUGAGCCCCUCUCUUCAAAUGCAGCAUCUUGGUGUCUCUCUGACCCCAGCAGAGAAAGGCUCUCCAUGUGAAGGACUCGGAUAACCAGAUUAUCACUUGGAACCAGGACCCACUUGGAAACCCAGGGUGCCCUCCCACCUGUAGCCCCUAGGUUUCCUCACGUCUGCAGCUUCUAGGAGUUCAGCCGGAUGUCUGUGGGCAGUCGUUACUUUGUCUGUCCACGGAUGCACUGUUUCUCUGGAAUUCUGGUGGCUGCAACAUGUCUGUUUCAUUGAAAAGUUGAAAAUUUGAGGUCAUUUGCUCUUGAAAAAUCUUUUAAAUUUCAAAGAUGUGAAAAGCUUUGAUCCGUAGCUUACCAAAGGCAUGCACAGCUGGGAGUGGUAGUGAUGCCUGUGAUUCCCAACUACUCAGGCACUGAGGCAGGAGGAUCCCGUUUAAGCCAAGCCUGGGCAACUUAGAGAGGCCCUGUUUGAAAAUAAAAUUUUAGGACGUCGAGGCGUAGCUCAGUGAUCCCUUGAUCCAAGCCCCUGUUGGUGAUGAUGCGGCUUGAGGGAGUUACAUUACACUUUCUCUAUGAAACACUUGGAGAGAGUUUAGCUCUGAAUUUUUUCAUUGUGUGCUUCAUUAACAUAACAGGUCUGUGGUUUAACAGAAAUUUUCCCACAUACUUGCCUCUAACUGUAUGGAAUUUCAUAAAAACUCAGCACUUGACAGGAUCAUGCGUUUCAUUUUUGGUUUUCUCCUAAAAACACUUUUGCCGGCUGCCAUCUACAGCUGCUCCAGUGGCUUUGGUUUCGGCAUUCCCUGCGUCUUCUGACCUCAUGCACAUUGCUGUAUGUCCCAAGGUAGAUUCUCUUGUCGUUCUGUAUUGACUUCCGUUGUCCUUUUCCUAGAAAGCUUUAGAUCCUAAAGCCCUCAUUUGCAGUAAUUUCUAGGACAUUUCACGUCUAGACUGCAUCAGUUUUGAAGGCUGGUUCCCGAUUCUGUCCUAUUUCCAGCAUUUCUUCCUCUAAGAACGGAAAGCUGUCUCCAUUGUGCGGUGAGCACGAGGAGAAAUAAGCCGGCCCUUUCCCAGCCUCUCCUUCCCCUCUGGCCUCUCACUGAGCAGUCUGCACUGUGUCAGGCAUGGACUCUGUCCCUGCUGCUGCCACCCUCUGUCGCCCCCAUUCGGCUGUCAGCACCCUGAGGUUCCUGCUCCCGCCCCAUUUCACAGUGGAGCAGCCAAGACCAGAACCCAACUUGGGGCAGCUCCAGCGUGGCAGGGCUUCUAACUGUGGCACUGCCCGGGCUUGUGGUGCCCUCCGAAGUGAGGUCAGAUAGAAAUUUGUCUUUCGUCUGUGAAGACCAGUGUGUACCAAGCCAACAGCCUGUCAGCGGAUCCGUCCUGCACUCGGAACACAAGCAGCCGAGGGGCAUAGCUCACCUGGCCAGCUCCUAACCUCUCCUCUUCCAGAACCUUUUGCUUCCCUUAGCUGUAGUCACCCUGAAAGCUGAGGCUUGUGCCUGCAGCUCCCCUCAAAAGAUGAGGGCACAAAUUCUGGGGUCCUUGCCUUGUCAGACAUUUCCCUGUUAGGCUGGGUUUUCAGGAUUGGAUUUUAUCUUUUGAAAUUCUCCAUAGACCUCAUAUCUAAAUGGAAAUUUAUUAAUGGAAAAAAGCCAGGGGUGUAACUAGUGAUAGUUUAUUGCUAGAUCUAUAGAGCCAGUAGUUUUUUUGUUUUGGUUUGGUUUUUUGAGACAGGGUCUUGCUCUGUAAUUCAGGCUGGCCUCCACCUGGAGGCAGUCCUCCUGCCUCAGCCUCCCAAAUGCUGGGAUUACAGGCAUUUUCCGCUGCGCCUGGUUACCAAUAAUUUGUAUAUUAACUACCCACUGUUAUUUUAUGUUAACUAAUCAUACUAAUUUAAGAGAAGCAUAUAUAACAUGAGGCCUUGGAACUCCUAAACCUGAUGUUUGUGUUUUUGUUGUGGGGUGCUGUGCUGGGGAUCGAACCCAAGGCCACGCACAGAUCAGCAGCUGUAAGCACAUCCAACCCUUAAAAGAAGUGUUGGUAGGAAAGUUCCUAACCUAUUUUCCCUUCCUUGCCCAUGAAAUGUGGGUAAUUUGGGGGCAGAAUGGAGGAAUAGUUCUUUGAAAAUGUAAAAGAAAAUUCACGUGUAAAUAAUUAUAAUCCAGAAGUCACUUCUGCAAGGCUGUGAAACUUAUUUUACAGAAUUUUCCCCUUUAUAAGUCAGCAUUUCCAGUGACAUUUUCUUGAAGAAAUGUUUGUAGCUCCUUUACAAGUGAAACAACAAACAGUACAAGAAAGUGGUUAGUAAGGGAUAUGGCCCGGGUUUAAAUGCUCAGCCGCAGCGUGGCUGAGACCACAGGGGAGACAGGAGCUGGUCGUACUUCUCGGAGCAGUGAGUCUGAAUCAUUGCAUUCCACUUUAGGCUUUCACUUUGAUAUAUUGGCUUCUAACGAAUUAAACAGUUGAGGGUUCUUUUCUAACAAGUCUACUUUUUCAAGAUUGUGAGCAAUAUGACUUUUUGAAAACUAUUCAGGAUGAAUUGUAUGUAGAGCAAUGCAGACUGCCACCUACUCCUCAUUUAAAAACACCUACAUUUAAGGCUCAUUGGAGAAAUGAUGACUGUCAUCUUUUUCUUAUGAGAAAGGAACUCUUUUCCCUUUUUUGGUGCCAUCCAAUAUCACUCUCACUAUAAUUCGUAAGAUUCAGAAAGCUUUACAAAUUUUAUUUUUAAAAUUUAUGCUAAAGAAAUUUAUUUUUCUGUGGAACCAUCUUUAAAAAUGUCACAAAUAUCUUUAAAUUUUACCUUAAAGUAUAAUGCUUUGUGCUACCACAUCCUGGAUUCUGUUUUGUUUACAAAUGAAGAUUAUGACCGAUGUAACACACACAUUGCCUUAGCCACCGGUGGGGUAGAGACAUGUAUUAAGAAAGUUUGUCUGUUUGUUGCUGUUGUUGAAUGAAAUUUUAUGUGUGUAGGACUUUUUUCUACUUUCUUCAAAGAUGUGAAUUUAAUGGAAGUGUGGGAGCCAGUUAAAUGAUUUUGUGCUGCAGGUGUUCUGGGUCCUGGCACUCUGCACCGUGUUCUUUGAGGGCAGCGUUCGCAGACCUGCGAGUGGACCGCGGAGCUGAGCUGCACUAACUUUGUACUCAGGGGAGCAGCUCCGUGGGCUCCGUCGCGCGAAGAAAGCAAAUGUUUGCCUUGAUUGUGAAUGUACUUUUUAAUGUCCUCUGAAAACAUAGCUUGCUUAAUAAUGUGGGUUUGUUUUCUUUUUCUAGCAUCAAUAAUAAAUAUUUCUUAGUGUUUUCCCCCUCCCUGGGGUAGUUUGUAUUCUACCCCAUGGGUCAUGCCAAAAAUGAAUAAAGUUAAAAUGCCAAAAUGUUUAUGGAACUGCUGUCUAAAU